AAUCGAUAUAUUUCUAUAUCGAUUUAUCUCGAUAUUAUAAUCUCGACUUUAGCAGAUGAGUAUAACAUACAUUGUCAACUUCGUGCGAAAGAUUUGUGUUCAACGAUCGAAAAGUUACAGAAAGUUAUAAUGUCAAAAGCACAUAGUCCUACUGUUUUCAAUGGGGAAGCUGACAAUUUUUAUGACCCAAAUUUUACUUUGGAUAUUAAUAAAAGAAUGCGUGUACCAAAAAGUAUUCGUGUGAGCGGCGAUUACACAGAUGAAGAAAUAAAUGGUACAAAUGGUUCUAAUUGGAAUCAGAUAGUUGCAGGAGAAAAAUUUGAAAUGCAUGUUCCAGAUAGAAUUUUAGUUGUUGGACAAGAACAGCAUAUUGGAACUAGAGCACCACCAAGAGAAAUUACAUUAGAAAAUGCUGUUUUACCAUCUGAACCAGGCAUGGUUAGAGUACAGACUCCACCAAGGAUUUUGACGUUGGAUAAUCAUUAUUUUCCGGCAGUUGAUGAAGAGGAACCAAAUUCCUAUUCAACUGAAACUAAGGAUUCUUUAGUUUCUAGAUCACAUGGACAAUAUCCUACAGAAACACAAAUAGUUAGGCAUGCUAGAGAACAGACAGCUUCAUAUAAUGCACUUAAUGUUUCUGUUCCACCUAGUGAAGAGAUACAACACUUACGUCGACAAGUAGGGAAAUUAAAUCGUCGAGUAAUGGCUAUUGAACUUGAAAUGUUGCAGCGUCAACAAAGAGAAAAAAUUUUAUAUGCAUUAACAUUAACAUAUUUAAUUCUUAAAGCUUUUUCAUGGUUAACAAGAAACUGAGUUUACAUUAAGAAAGUAUAAAAGAUUUCUCUUGUGU